GGAGGUUUAUUAUUAUUUGAAUUAACUAGAGUGCCACUCCCACUUGGCUCAUCAUCGAAUUUUAUUUUGACCAUCCUUCAACGUUUCUCUUAAAAUGCGUCUUCUCUUUUCAGAAUAUGUUUAAAAGAGCGGUAAAGAGACAAAAGAGAGUAGAACUAGAGGAUAAGUUGGGUCUUAGAGAAGACUUGAGAGGUGCUGUAUCAGAUUCAGAUGAAUCCUCUGAUAGUGAGAGUGAGAGUGAGAAUGAGCAAAUUAGCAACUCAGCCAGCGACGAUGAGCAAGAGAAUAGCGAACCUAGCGACGAAGAAGGAGAAGAAAUCGACGAAGACAACGAAGAUGGUGUAGAAGACGAUUUAGACGAAUCAGAUGAGGAAUUAGAGGAAUUGUCUAUCAAUGAUGCACUGAUCAAUCCUCUCUUUGGCGAAUACCCACGCAAACGCUGUGCUAUUUGCCCAGGAAGACUCCUAACAUUUGAGAAAUUUGGCAGUCAGCAUUUAGAGUCAAAGGCGCACACAAGACGUUUAAAUAGAUUCUUCACCUUCGUGGAUGAGCAGAAGCUCAACAAAGACGACGAUGUUCACUCCACAAUUGACGCAUUCAAUCAGCAACUUGGAACUACACCAAAGGAGAAAUCAAAGAAAGAAGAAAAUCGCAUAAAAAGAGCGCGUAUAGCAAGACAAAAGCGUUUAGAACGCAAAUUAGAAGCAAAGAAGACACUCCCAGUACCAUUAGAUGAAGUAGAAAAGAAACAUGUUGAGAACAACUCCGGAGAUGCGCCCGACGCAGCCAAAGAAGCUAAAAGAGCCGAACGUCGCAUCCGCAAGAAGGCCAACAAAGCAAAAUUUGCAGAAGAACGGCGGCAAACUGAGAAGUCUAAAAAGGACACAACCGAUAAAGAAGAGAAGCAGAAUAAAAAGCGUAAAGCUUGAGAUUGUAUUAUAGAUCACAUGCUAUGUCAUUUUAAGUAACCG